AUGGCAUCCGUACCUAACUCCUCACUCGGGGUCUCAUCGUCACGGCUUGCACUCAUCGACCGAUUCCCCCCAACCACUUACAAAGGCGUGAAAGACCUGAACAAGCUCAUCGUGGCUCGACGCGACCAGUUGUAUGAGGAAGUCGAAGGCGCCAGUCAAUACCUCUCGUUCAAGGAUGUGUCACCCCAGCAAUUCCACCAUAUUGUGGAACGGGAGGAAGGACUGAGCAGCCACGUUCGCCUGAACUACUUGCGCGAUAUUGAAACCCUGAUCGUCAAAAUCCCCGCAAGAGAGACUGAAGCGGCCCACAUCAGCUUCGGUAACAUCGUCGUACGUGCCUCGGACAGGAUGGGCCUGGAUUUCGAAGAGUCCUGCCCCCUUGGUGCCACAACAUUCUGGGGGCCUACGGGUUCGGCAAAGGAGGCUGACUCUUCAUUCACGAACUUCCGUAGCCGAUCAUCACGCCAAUGGCCAACCUGGGCGAUUGAAGCGGCAAUACGAUCCUCGGACUCGAUGCUGCGACUCCGAGCCGCUGCCGCGUGGUGGGCUGCCCACUCUGCUGGCGAAGUGAAGUUUGUUAUUCUCAUUGAGGUCAACCGGGAAACCAAGGAGGUCAUAGUCGAGCAGCAUGUGCCCAUGCGGUGGGACUACCCUAACACGCGUUUGCACUCGCGCAGUGUUGCUGGCCCAGUGUGGAUGGCUAGUAAACUGUCGACAGUUACAAUCCGCACUCAGGGAAUUGACUCUCCAACAGUACAAGGAAGACCACUUGUUCUGGAGUUCGAAAGUGUUUUUGGAAGGGCACCAAAUCCGCCGCUCGAACAGGACAUUGUGCUCUCGGAGUAGAAACUCUUUGAAUGGGCCGCGCGUUUCAGCGGUUGAACAAGAGUAUGAUAUCACGACUGAUGAUAUUGAACUUUGCGAAACAGCAUUGAUCACUUCUCCAGGGAUACUCUGUGGAUUCGGGUGGGAUUCCGAGAUGUGACUUCGAUUUGUUUUCUAAGCUCGUUCGGGCCUUUAGGGUGUCGGGAUAUUUUCAGAGAAGUGCGAAGUUAGCGAGCCGCAUAGAGCUCUAGGUGGAAUAAAAAGAGCAAACCAAAUCAAUUGCACCAUAUGCA